AUGGCAACAGAAGAGGAAUCAAAGCCUCUGAAUUACGUACCAGAGGUGGUAUUGAAAAAGAGGAGGAACAACGAGGAAUGGGCAAUCAGAAGAAAACUGCAGUUAGAAGAGAGGGUCAAGCGUCUCAAGUCUGACAAUUUCAUCAUCAAGAAGCCAGAUCAAUUUAUCAGAGAAUACCGCGACAAAGAAUUGGACCUUAUUCAAAUGAAGCAAAGAGGAAAGCGAAAAAGACCAGCACUGGCAACACCAAAAUCCAAGCUCCUAUUUAUCAUACGCAUAGGAGGAAAACAGGAUAUGCACCCCAAAACUCGAAAAGUUCUAUACUCUUUGAGAUUGAGGAAACUCUUCAGCGGAGUGUUUGUUAAGGCAAAUGAAGCAAUAAUAGAACGUUUGCAAAAAGUGGAGCCUUAUGUGACUUACGGAUAUCCUAAUCUGAAGAGUGUAAAGGAUUUGAUUUACAAGAAGGGGGUAGCUAAAAUUAAUAAGGAGAGGGUUCCUUUAACAGACAAUAAUGUCAUUGAACAGGCAUUGGUUCAGCAUGGCGUUAUGUGCAUAGAAGACAUUGUGCAUGAAAUAGCUAGUGUUGGUCCACAUUUUAAGGAGGUUGCCAGUUUUUUGUGCCCCUUCAAUCUGAACAAGCCUGAAAAGGCAUUGCAAGGUAAGAAACGAACAUUUAAGGAUGGUGGAGACUCGGGAAAUCGCGAGGAUCAGAUUAACGAGCUGAUUAGUAAGAUGAAUUAG